CCAAUCCACAAUAAAAUUGAAGAAAAUUCUAAGGUGCUGAUUCAAGAACCUACCCACUACCAAUCAAUCAUUUUCGGAACUGUCGAAGACCUCUCCUGCCCAAAGCUACCCUUAAACUGAUUUCCUGGAAGCUGCCUGAGAGGGCAAAGGGUGUCAACACUGGCUUGCUGGGCUUCCCAACAAACACCUCAUCUGCAAGACUGCAAUUUUACUUUAGCAAUGCUCAUCAUCCUACCCACCACCAAACCCUAGCAUUUUUCACCUCUCUCGCCUCUUCUCAAUGUCCCUCCUCCACCCCUUCUUCCUGUUCUCCCUCUUAUUUUUAGCCUUUUCCUUCUCCUCCGCCCAAUACAACCUGGCUCCAUGUCCUCUCGAUUUCGAACCCCUCCUCAAUGUCACCACCUUCGACGUAAACGCCUCUACCCAGUGUCAGUACGUUAUCCAGGGCCUCCGCCUCGUUCUGGCCACCUACCUCCAGAGCACUGGGUCGUUCCUCCCUCCGAUCAACUCGUCCGAGUCGUGUUGGGAUUCGUACCAGAGCGUGGUCAACAACUUCACUUCCAAUUUCAAUAUUCGAUCCGAUUGCGGCUUCGAAACCACCUGGAUCUCUGAGGGUUGUAUGAACAUCACCACCCGAUCCCAAUUCGAUGCUGUGGUGUCGCAGGCCACGCGAGCUGAUAUUGUCGCGUCGUGCAAUCAGUCGCUGGAGAACAGCUCGCCCUGUGCCACCUGCACCACCAGCUUGUCUAAUCUUCAGGCGGUAUAUCUGACCGGUCCCAGCGUCGGGAAUCUCACUGAUUGUACGGCCUACCCGUCGAUUUACGCCGCCGGCUUCGCCAACUACCUUGGACCCACCGAUCCCGGGACGGCCCAGUGUUUGUUUAACCUCAAUUUUGCGUCUGGUGGUUCAGGGAAUAAGCGGCGAAGUGUUGUGAUUGUGGUGGUUGUGGUGGUGUGUUGUGUUGUGAUCUUGGCGGUGAUUGGUGGGGUUUGGGUUUUUUACCGGAAACGCCGAGAAUCGAGGAGCGUGAAGCGCGAGAUUAGGAAUAUUGAAAUGGGUUUGGAGUCGAUCAGUGGGAGUACUUCAUUGAUUAAGUUCACCAUUGAUGAGAUUAGGCAGGCUACUAGGAAUUUCACUAGAGACAACAUCAUUGGAAGAGGAGGUUAUGGCAAUGUGUACAAGGGGGUAUUGAAGGAUGGCUCUGAAGUUGCAUUCAAAAGGUUCAAGAACUGCUCUGCUGCUGGUGAUACAAAUUUUGCCCAUGAGGUUGAGGUUAUUGCGAGUGUGAGGCAUGUAAAUUUAGUCGCUUUGAGAGGGUAUUGUACUGCCACGACUCCAUUAGAGGGUCACCAGAGGAUAAUUGUGUGUGAUUUGAUGAAGAAUGGGAGUCUUCAUGACCAUCUUUUUGGGUCAACUGAAAAACUUAGUUGGCCUCUUCGUCAAAAGAUUGCACUUGGAACAGCUCGAGGGUUGGCUUAUUUGCAUUCUGGUGCUCAACCAGGUAUUAUCCAUAGGGAUAUCAAAGCCAGUAAUAUACUUUUGGAUGAGAAGUUUGAGGCAAAGGUGGCAGAUUUUGGGCUUGCGAAGUUUACACCCGAGGGAAUGACUCAUUUGAGCACUAGGGUUGCAGGGACAAUGGGUUAUGUUGCCCCAGAGUAUGCAUUGUAUGGGCAGUUGACAGAGAGGAGUGAUGUGUACAGCUUUGGUGUUGUGCUUCUUGAGCUUUUAAGUGGGAAGAAGGCUCUCAUGGUGAUUGGUGAGAACCAGCCCUCUCUUGUGACUGAUUGGGCUUGGUCAUUGGUGAGGAAGGGGAGGGCUUUAGAUGUUGUUGAUAAUAGUAUGCCAGAGUUGGGUUCGCCAGAAGUUAUGGAGAAGUAUGUAUUGGUUGCAGUUCUUUGUUCUCAUCCACAGCUAUAUGCUCGGCCAGCAAUGGAUCAGGUUGUGAAAAUAUUGGAGACAGAUUUGCCAGUUCCCUCGAUCCCAGAACGCCCAAUUUCCAUUGUGGCUGAGAUGGAUGAUAUUGAGAGAUCUGUGAGCAGCAGUGAUAUGGGUUGUAUUUCUUCUUCAGCUGGUUACCAGUCAUUUACAUUUGAGGGCCAACAACAUUCUGACUAAGAGGAGAUUCAUAGCUCCGAGUCGCUGCUUGCUUCCACUAGUUAGUAUUUCUCACCUAGAUUCGUUAGUUUAUUUAGAUGGUGUGGAUUCUGAAAUUUGAAACCCCUGUCUCCCAUUGUAAAGAAAAAUAUAGAUGGAUAAUCAAAGUUCCUUUCUAAUUUAAGAGAAAAAAAGCAUUAAGACAAAGAUUUUCUGUCCAAAGCCAUGCAUCUUGUUUAUAAUUCAGUUUGGAAUCCUUGGACCCCAACACUAGUGGGCUUUUUUGCCUGGGAGGCAAAAUGGGAAGAGGAUAUCGACUUUGUAUCAGCUGAAAAUGAGGUGUUUGUAGAUGUUACAUGUGUAAAAUGGAAGAAGAAUUUGGCUUUUUCUAUUUGCCUAAAAAACAAAAUUGGCAUGAAUCCUUUGUUGGGAAGAGUAGAAAAGAGCUUGGAAAGCUAUCCCUUUAUGUUUAGUUUGGACCGUCCGGAGGGAAAGAAAUCAGAUGGCAUUUGAAAAUGUGAAGCACCUACUUGGAGGAAGUGGAUUUUGUUAAUGGGUUGGGCACUAAGUAGGGGGGGAGUCUCUCUUGUUGUUUUUUCUUUGUAUACUUCCUAUAGACAUUGACACCUUUUCUAAGGUGCUAUUUGCCAAUAUAUAAACUUGCAAAUGCUGCAGCUAUAUCCUUAGAUGCUUAAGAUCAUGGAGGAGUAUGUACAAGUGAGGAACUGCAUGUAUAGUCAUGCACUGAGAUGUUGUGAAAAGUUUAUUUGCCCUGACUGUAUACUCGUACACCUAAGGAAGAUUUCCAUAAAUAUGAUUGUUGUGAUCAUUCUGUUGAUGCUGCUA